AUGGCGAGGAAGCGCAAAGCGUCCGUCGUGCGGAAGCCUGCCGGCAAAAGGCGGCCGGGGGCGGGAGUGCGGCGGGACGGCGAGGAGGAACGCGAAGAGGGUGAUUUUGUGGAGGAAAAACCCAGCGUAAAGAAGAGCAGAGCCGGAGUUGCAGCUAAGAAGAAGGAGGACGAUGGUGAUGCUGGAGUUGCCAAGUCAGCAGAUAAGCCUUCAAAACAAAAACGGCGAGCAAAAGAAAAUGAGAAAAGCCCUGAAAAUAAAGGGACUCGUCACAAAGAGCAAACGUGCAGUGACUCACCGAAGGCCUCUCAGAAGGAGAUAAAAUUGAAGAGAGAAUCUCUUAUUAAAAAAGAAAUGGAUGAAGACAAUACUGAUGAUGAUGAUGAUGAAAGUGAAGAUGAAUGGGAGGAUGUGGAGGAACUCCAGGAGCCUGUCGUAGAUAAGUUAGAAGAAGGUGCUGUUCUUCCAGCAGUGGUGCUGCCAAGCAAUCCUGUUGAGAUAGAGAUUGAAACCCCAGAACAACUUAAGAGAAGAGAGAGAAGAGAGAAAAGGAAAGCUGAGUUUGAGACUUAUGUUCGGAGAAUGAUUAAACGUUUCACUAAGGAGGUUCGUGAGGACACACACAAGGUUCACCUCUUGUGUUUAUUAGCAAAUGGUUUCUAUAGGAACAGGAUCUGCAGCCAGCCAGAUCUUCAUGCCAUUGGUCUAUCCAUCAUCCCCAUACACUUCACAAAAGUUCCUGCAGGCCAAGUGGACCUUCUCUACAUUUCCAACUUGGUGAAAUGGUUUGUUGGAACCUUCACUGUCAAUGAUGAACUUUCCAGUGAAAAAGGAGAGCCCCUUCAGUCGACCUUGGAGAGGCGCUUUGCCAUCUAUGCUGCACGAGAUGAUGAAGAGUUGGUUCAUAUAUUUUUAAUUAUUCUCAGGGCGUUGCAGCUGCUGUGUCGCCUCGUGCUGUCCUUACAGCCUAUUCCUCUCAAGGAGACGAAGGCAAAGGAAAAAAGCACAUCCAAGAAGCAGUCGCUCAGCAGUACCUCUGAGGGGCAGGAGAGCUCAGGCACAACACCCAAAGUUGUGGCAAAAAAAUGCCCCUGCAAAAAAGCCAAACGGGAUGAGAAAUCAUCAGGGAGUGAAGAAGACAAUGAGGAGUCAAAGAAAACAAAAAGUGCUCAGACCAAAAGGACACACAAGUCAAAACUGACAACAGGCAACAAGGAACAGAAGGAGACUGGGAAUGAGGACAGUGGUCUAGGGGAAAAAGAUGUGCCGAUCAGACCCAAGAACAGUCGGCGGAGACGAGUGGCCUCCAAAGUGUGUUACAAAGAAGAGAGUGGAAGUGAUGAGGGCAGUGUUUCUGACUUUGAGAUUUCAGGAGAGGAAAGUGAUAUCUCCGACGAGGACUUUGAAACUGUCUCUAAAAAGCGGAGAAGCUCACGAGGUGCCCAGAAAUCAAAGGUAAUGACUAUGAAAAGCCCCAAAAGUGAGACUUCGGAAUCAAGGCUAUCCAGAUGUUCUUUGGGAGUUGAGCCAAGACCAGCAAAAACCGCAGCUCCAAGCUUGCCUCGUGCACAGAGAAAGAGAAACAAAAUAAUUUCUAGUGAUGAGGAUGAUGGGCAGCAGAUGGUACAGAAAGUGGUUGGCACAGACCAGUGGCUAGAGGUUUUUCUUGAACGUGAGGACAGGUGGGUGUGUGUAGACUGCGUUCAUGGCAUUGUUGGCCAGCCCCAGCAGUGCUUCACGUAUGCCACAAAGCCACUUUCCUACAUUGUGGGAUUUGACAAUGAUGGGAGCGUCAAGGAUGUGACACAAAGAUACGACCCAGUGUGGAUGACCACGACAAGGAAGAAACGUGUGGAUCCUGAGUGGUGGGAAGACACACUGCAGCCAUAUAAAAGUCCCUUUGCAGACAGAGACAAGAAGGAGGAAACAGAGUUUCAGGUUAAGCUUCAGGAUCAGCCUCUACCAACAGCAAUUGGAGAGUACAAAAACCACCCUCUGUAUGCACUGAAGAGGCAUCUCUUGAAAUAUCAGGCCAUCUAUCCUGAGUCAGCUGCUAUCCUAGGGUACUGCAGGGGAGAGGCUGUUUAUUCGAGAGACUGUGUACACACGCUUCACUCCAAGGACACUUGGCUUAAGCAGGCUCGAGUGGUGAGGAUUGGAGAAGUGCCUUACAAAAUGGUGAAGGGCUACUCCAACCAGGCCAGGAAGGCACGCCUUGCAGAGCCUGCAAACCGGGACAAAGCGGACCUGGCACUGUUUGGUCGCUGGCAGACAGAGGAGUAUCAGCCACCCAUAGCAGUGGAUGGAAAGGUUCCUCGGAAUGAAUAUGGAAACGUCUAUCUCUUCCUGCCCUCUAUGUUACCUGUUGGUUGUGUGCAGCUUAGGCUCCCCAACCUGAACAGAUUGGCACGGAAGCUGGACAUUGACUGUGCUCAAGCUGUCACUGGGUUUGACUUCCAUGGUGGCUACUCACACGCAGUUACUGAUGGUUAUGUUGUCUGUGAAGAAUAUAAAGAGGUGCUCAUUGCUGCCUGGGAGAAUGAACAAGCAGAAAUAGAAAAGAAGGAGAAGGAGAAGCGUGAGAAGAGAGCUCUGGGAAACUGGAAGUUGCUGACAAAAGGACUUCUCAUUAGAGAGAGACUGAAGCAACGCUUCUCCAUCAAGGCUGAGCCAUCAGCACCUGAGACAGAGAAAGGAGCAGGAUUCUCCUCUGAUGAAGAAGGCCCAAAUUCAGGGACUGCAGGAGGGGAUAUGGAAAUUUUUUGGCCCCGAAAUCGCCAGGCAGAGAAGCAGAAAGAGAAGACAACCAGAAAAAGCAAGCGGGAAAAGAAGGACGAAGCAGCACAGUUGUUUCCUUUUGAGAAAUUGUGAUAAGUACAAGCAUUUCUUGCUCUUUCCCAAUGCAAGAACAGAAUUGUCACAACAAAAGUAUCCUAUGCCAGUUAAAGACUUAGUCUGCUGUUCAUUUGCAUUUCUGAGCUAUCGGGGAAUCAACCAAAUUCAGCACCAAGAAUCUUUUGCUAUUGUGGGUAAUUAAGUUCAUCUGUUUAUCCUUGAACUUAGGAGAAGCAGAUGUGCUGCUGUACUUUCCAAGAUCACCAUCUGUACACAACUGGGCUUUUUUGCGCUCCUCUGUAUCACUCAACACUGUUACAAAUGUAUUCUGAGGCACUACUUCCAUUAGCACUGCCUCUUCCCAAUUUUCUCCUCACCAUUUUUUUUUCCUGAUUGCCCAGAACUGAAGUAUGCAGCUGCUAUUUAACAGUCUGUGUUAAGCUAGUCAAGAAACCACUACAUCCUCUUUGGUGUUUUAAUCAUACCUUAUCCAAAUCAGUAGUGAGUAGAGUUCUAGUCUCAGCAUUACAGAGAGGGGAAAUACCUCAUGUGGAGUGCAGCCUGCAAUCAAGAUUUGGAUGAACCUGAAAACUUCCUUUCUAAAGAAUACAUGUGCCUUUUGUGAAAACUCAACUUUGGCUUUUCAGUCUACAGUCUUCCCUUACUUUCAGAUAUCUUGUGCAUUAGAAAGAAGAAGCCCUGUCUUCGUUGCAAACUUAAGAUUAAAUAUGUCAUCUUAAGUCAAUCAAAAAUAUACACGUUUGUUUCAGCUUUGA